AUGAGGAUCAUGGAGCAUCCCCACAGGCGGGCGCAGGGAUGGGGAUCGGGCACUGCAGAGCCUCAGGAGGAAUGUGGGUGAUGGCAGUGACCCUGCUGCUCUGCACAGAACCAGGCUCAGGUCCCUCUGAAGCAGCAAGAAUCCUCUACUCCGAAGUCACGGUGCCCCAGCGGCUGGAGGCGAAGGAUGGGGCAUUCCCAGAGGGGCACAGGUCCUAUCUGAUAACAGCAGAAGGAAACCACCACAUCGUCCAUCUGAGACAGGCCAAGAAUCUGUUAGUCAGGGAUAUCCCAGUGUUCAAGUACAGCGAGGAGGGAGACCUCAUCACUGAGUUCCCAUAUAUCCAGGAUGACUGCUACUACGAGGGGAUUGUGGAAGGCUUCCCGGGCUCCAUCGUCUCCCUCAGCACGUGCUUUGGGAUGAGUGGAGUUCUGCAGAUGGGAGACCUGAGGUACGAGAUGGAGCCCCUGAAGAACUCCACAACGUUCCAGCACCUCCUCUUCCGAAGGGCACUGGAAGGAGGCCCGCGCCGCCUGUGCCAAGUGCCUGCAGAGCACAAGGAUCAGCCCCCCAUGGAUGGGGAGCGCGCCAAUGGGAGUCGUAAAAUCCACACUGUUGGGGAGGUUGGUGGUCUCAAGCCGGUGCCUGUGCCUGCAAGAUACUUGGAGCUGGCUCUGAUCACUAACAAAGAGCUGUUUAAAAUUAAGAAGAAUGAAACCCUGAUGCUUCACAUGUUCCUUUCCAUCAGCAACCUCCUGAACACGGUUUACAAGCCCCUGAAGCUCCGCAUCAUCCUCAGCGCGGUGGAGAUGUGGACCGGGUCGGACCAAGUGGCCCCAUCCCGCAGCCUGGCCCGCACGCUCAGGUCCUUUUCCACGUGGUCCCAGAAGGAAGCUGCCACUCGCAUCAAUUACGACAACCUCCAGUUCCUGCUUGGCCAGAACUACAAGGAAAGGGGAUUUGCCUGGAAGGGGACAAUGUGCAAGCCAAAUUCCAUGGGUGUUGUUUCGUUCCCUGGCAAUGACACCGUCAGUGAGGUGAUGACACUCGCCCACCAGAUCGGGCACAGUUUGGGCUUCGCCCAUGAUGACUCGAAAGAGUUGAAAACCAAACUCUGCAGCUGCAACUGCACCCAACGAGGAUGCAUCAUGAGAUCAAGACCAGGAACUUGCUUGGCAUUCAGCAAUUGCAGCUCAGACCAGUAUUACAAUGAAGUAAGAAGGAGAAAUAAACCCUGUCUCCUCAACAUCCCCCCUUUAAAACCAGCUCUCCUUAAACACUGUGGCAAUGGCAUCUUGGAGAAAGGGGAGGAAUGCGACUGUGGCAGUGAUGAGGAAUGCGUCCAUGAAGGAUGCUGCUCCCCCUCCAACUGCAUGCUCGUGCCAGGGGCUUCUUGCUACAGAGGUGAAUGCUGUCACCAUUGUCAGUUCCAUCAAGCAGGAAAGAUCUGCAGAGAAGAGGCCAACAUCUGUGACCUCCCCGAGUACUGCAACGGCUCCUCAGCACUCUGCCCCUUGGAUACCUUCAAGCAAGAUGGAACUGUAUGUGGAGACAAUGACCACUGCUAUGAAGGGAACUGCCACAGCCACGAGGCACAGUGCAAAGCUUUAUUUGGCAAAGCUGCCCAACGUGCUCCAUUGAGCUGCUUCCUGGAGGUGAAUGUCCGAGGUGACCGGUGUGGGAACUGCGGCUGGAACGGGACACACUUCACAAAAUGCCUGGAAGAGAACGUGCUGUGUGGAAGGGUGCAGUGUGUUAACAUCAAGAGGGUACCAGUCAGGGAGGAUGGUGAGACCGUGGUGCAGACCGCCAUCGACAACGUGCUCUGCUGGGGACUCGACUUCCAUCUGGAUCCAGGCACUGCCGACAAGGGGGCAGUGAAGGACGGGACAUCGUGUGGUAGGAACAAGAUCUGUAUGAACAGGAUGUGUGUUGGUGCAGCUUUCCUCAACAAUGACUGUGGGGACACCAAAUGCUAUGGCAGAGGGGUGUGCAACAACAAGGACAACUGUCACUGUGAUUUCGGAUGGGCCCCUCCGGACUGCCAGCUGGAAGGGGUCGGAGGCAGCAUUGACAGUGGGCCACCCCCUCCUCAGCACCCGUUCACAUCUGCAAGGAACAUCAUCACAACGGCUAGACUGAUGCUGUUCUUCAUCCUGGCCUUCCUGCUGCACAAGAGGGCUGCCUUUGUUCACUGCCUCCAAAGAGCCACCUCAGAAGCUGGAGGCUGCCACCUUCCAGUGCUGUGGAACACAGGCACCGGUCGCCCCACAGCACCGGCACACCGGGGGAAGCCGAGGCAGAAGGCAGAGAAAGCACAGUGAUAAUAAACCCAGUUAUCAGCAGUGAU